GUUCCAGUAUUUUUUAUUUAUUUUUUUUAGUCUGACCUCAGAUCAGGUCCUUAAGUGCAAAUUCUCAUGCAUAGGCAAGUCUGACAGUCACAAGACAGACUUCAAAGCUGCUCUCAGACUAAAUGGGGAAUGGCAGCCUGUGACCCAGAAAAGAAGCUUUAUGCUGUAUGUGCAAUUGAUUAGUUAGAAGAGAGGUGAAAGCCCUUAUGGGUAAACUAAAUAAAAGAAUGCAUAUCAAUAGAUCAUCAAUACUCCUCUUUAUGCUGAUUCGGAGCCUCUCAAGAGGCUGCAAUAUGCAGGGCGGAGAUCAAUAAUCAGUCUGUCUGAGUAAGAAAUGCUGGCUCUGUGGUCACAUUUGUAGUCUGGACUGUAAUAACAUCUGCUGUGAUGUAAGAGGUCCUUUUGUCACGGAUCUUCAUGUGUGACCAGGAGCUUCACGGUGGAUCCAGCAGGUUGACUGAGUCAUUUUGUUCACGUAAGUUAGAACAAAGUUCUCAAACGCUCUGAACUGAAAUGACUCUGGUCACCAGGAUCAAUGUAGUGUAGCUCUCAUGCUUGUUUAAUCACUGUCAUAAGAAAAGGUGCCAGUUCACUUUCAUCCAGCAUGCAAGUUCAUAUUGCUUAUUUUCUGUAACGAAGUAAUUCUGUAGUCGGUGCCAUCUGUGUCUCCUAACAGUGAGUGUUUGUGUGCUAGUUUGUUAGUUAGUCGAAAACUCACAUAGACCCCAUUUACUUCUGGUACUGAGAUCCAUUUCGACAGCACUAAAUACAGAUGUAAACAGGAUCCUGAACACUUUGUAAACCUAUAAAUUAUAUUUUAAAUGCAUGUGACCAAAUCACAUUUGUGAUAUUAGCGCUAUUUAAUUCACCCAGACAGCAGUGAAGCACUGCCUAUCACCUGUCAGGCAUCAUCCACUACUUAAAACAAGGGUUUUAAAAGAAAUUAACCUUAACCUUAUUUAAUACAGGUAAACUGAGAAUACCUGAGAAAUAAACUCAUUUGAGCAGCACUGUACUAGCAGGAAAGACAUGAUCUGUCGUGUCUGAACACUUGUGAUCGGAUCAAACGAGGCAUCAUUUAAACUGACCCACAUUCACAGUGCAUAUAAGACAGACAGUGCUGGUGCAUAUGACACUAUUUGAUUGACCCUUUGUGAUCCCCAGCCUGCUUUAAUGAGUUACAGGAUCCACUUUGUUCCAGCACAGAGCUGCCUCCCUCCUCCCAUCCCUGCAGAGGUCUCUCUUUUACAACCUCAGGUGCUUCUGGAUACACUUAGUGCUCACUGUACAUCACCUGGGAAUGCAUGGGGUCAACCCUUUCCUGACCUCCCACUGGUAUCUGUGCUCACACAGCCAAAAAAAGAAAGAACAAUGUUUCAAGACGCACUCGUGAUGUGGACACGCCAGAGCGUCUUUAACUUUAAUCGAAAUGCCACGAGCGUGAAAGUCAUCAGGCUGUCACGGAUCUGCGCGUGGCCAUGACCGGCAUGAUAAAGAACCGGACGGCUUUUCUGCGAGGAAAACGGCUAAUGGGCGAAAGAUGAGGAGAAAAACAAUAGCAAAGCGCAUCCUGUACAAUGGAUACGAAGAGACACCCGAAGAAACCGGCGCGAGGGCGAACCACGUCCUCAGUCAAGAGCCGGCGAAGAGGAGAAAAUGGAGAGAACUAAAUGGAGAGGACAUCUCAUCUCGUAAUGCUGACUAUAUUAAGUUCAAAACAAAGGCUUUUGAGGUUGACAAGCCCCUUGGAGAUGCAACAAGGGGUGCAGAUUUUACUAUGGAGGUGCUCGGAAGCCUCCAAUCACGUUCAAGGGCGGAGCUUAUUGCCAUGGUGUUGAGUAUGCAGAGGGAGAUGGACGGCCUUCGAGAGCAAAUCAGAAGCCUUACAGCUUGUGGGAAGUUGGCUCAGACGCUUGAAGAGCUGAUCGAGAAGAGUGAUAGAUGGCUGUGCGGCAGCCACGAAGCUGCAACUCCCAGCAUUCCAGAGGAGCGCGAGGGAAGCAGGCCACCCAGUCACAUUUCUCUUCCAAGGGUGCUUAGUGGAAGAACAGCUGAAUGUGCAAGUUCAGAGCAGCAGGGGUGUGGUCAGUAUGAGGUCACACAAACAAUGCCUCAACGGAAUGGAACGCUUCCCGAACAAAAAGUUAUCACUGCUGAUCUCCUGGAGCGCUGCAACACAGGGACCACUGCUCAGAAACUCACCAAUGACCUGCUGCGCAGCCUCUAUGACAGAGACUGUCUGGCCUCUCACUCAAUCUCAGGCAUCAUCAACAGCAAGAGAGGGAUGCCUAAGCAAGCUCUUCCAGCACAUGAGAUCCAGGCCAUUCUGAGGACAGUGCAGCGGUUCUUCCCCGGAAAGACUGAUUCGGAAAUAAAGUGCUACAUACGACAGAAGCUUCAGAAUGAGGCCAAGAGGCUUCGGAAAAGACCACACCCAGCUGAUGAUCCAGUGAUGGGCUCAUUUGAGAAGGAGAAAGCAAUGUUUGAGCAUUGAGCGUUAACUAUCAUUGGACAUCCCCAGCAUAUUUAGUUGAAGAAUUUUACUGACACAAAAUUCUGUUAUUAACCUUAAAGGGAUAGUUCCGAAAAAGUUCUGUCAUCAUUUACUUAAUUUUCAUUUAUUGUGAUUUGAAACGACACGAGAGUAAAUUAUGACAGAAUUUUCAUUUUUGAGUAAGGCUGCAUGAUUCAUCAAAAUAAAAACAAAACAGGCUUAGCGUGAUUAUCAAAACGCAAAGGCUGCAGUUUAAUUGAAUAAGCAGUUUCAGAGUGAAGCGCAGCACUGGGUUCAUUUACACAGGAGCAACUCAUGAUCCAGUGUUUUCAGUCUCUCAGAGACCGGCUCAGUUUGCAUUAAAUCUGCUGUUGGGAACUAAACCACUGUCACAUAUUUGUAAUGAGAUGCCCUUAUAAACAGACUUGUCAGCAAGAGAAUCUCUAAGGGCUCCCUGCAGUUUUCUUUCAAAAUAAAAGCUUGAUAGCUUAACAUUUUAAAAAGAAGAAAUUAAAACAGCAAAAAUAUUAGUAUUGUAAUUUUACAGUUGUACUAUAAAAUAAAAAAAAUUUCUUAAAUACAAUUUAAAAACUAUAAUUUUAUUUUGCAUUGAAAUAUUACUAUAAAAAGAGCAAUUUUUUAAUAUUUUAAUAAUACCAAUAGUUAUUAUUAUUACAUUAUCAAAAUUUUGGGCCAAAUUGUGCCGCACAGCAAACCUGCAUGGAGCUGUUUUUUAUUUUUUUAAAUGCAAAUGUAAUUUUUUUCCCCAGGAAUCGCGCAGCCCUGUUUUAAAGUGAACUAUCCUUUUAAGUUUGUAUUUGAAAGGUUUUGUCUAAGCUGUAGAGUACAUGACAAACUAUGUGCGUAUGAUUUUUAUCAUGUUGAUUACACAAAACUGUGACUUCUUAUUGAUUUGAAAUUGCAAAACGAACCCCGGAGUCACAGUUAGAAGUAGCUGGAAAACAGUAGUUUCGACGUACCUCCAGCAUCACUGCCAGACGUUAUCACACACUGUUUGUCGUGCGCUAAAACUUCGAAACCAAGUAGACUAAAGCUGUGAACACAGUGGCAGAUGGUUAAGCAUCGCUCUCCUGUGAAAUGACAUGGAUGUCAUUUGGUAGGGGGGAUGCAUCGUGAUUGAUGUAGUUCAGACUUGUGGUAUUUUAGUUGAUCACAUGUUGAAAGUGUGCCCAGGCGUGUAAUGUGAAUAUAUUUUCUGUGUGUAAUGUGAAAUACACAUGUGCCUCUUAUAUCGGACUCUUCACUGUGGCCUUAUCAGUCAGAAAAUGCAGCAGUACAGUUCUCAUUUCGAAACCACUGUGAUUAUGUCCAUUAAAAAGGACUUGUCUGUCUUGGA